GUUUGGUGGUGAAGUCGCGGCUCUGCUCUGCUCUGCUCGGCUCUGCUCGGCUCGGCUCUGCUCUGCUCGCGGUGAGGGUUGAAGCUCAGACCUCCAGCCUCAUGUGGAUGUUGUUGGUCAUCAGCUCCGCGUUAGUCGUCGUGUUUUGGGCUGACUGAGUGAGUGAGUGAGUGAGUGUGUGUGUGUGUGUGUGUGAGAGAGAGAGAGAGAGAGAGAGAGAGAGAGUGUGUGCGCGCGCGCGCCAUGGCAGCGGUGAAAGCUCUUCAGCAGUGGUGUAAGAUCCAGUGUGAAGGUUACAGAGAUGUUUCCAUCACCAACAUGACCACCUCGUUCAGAGACGGACUGGCGUUCUGCGCUCUCAUCCACAAACACAGACCCGAUUUAAUAGACUUUGACUCCUUGAAAAAAGGAAACGUUUACGACAACAACCACCUGGCGUUCCGGGUGGCCGAGGAGCAGCUGAGCAUUCCUGCUCUGUUGGACGCAGAAGACAUGGUGGCUCUGAAAGUUCCGGAUCGUCUCAGCAUCCUCACCUACGUCUCUCAGUAUUACAACUACUUCCACGGCCGCUCUCCCAUCGGGGGUUUGGCGGGUGUGAAGAGGCCGGCCGAGGAGCCCAUCGAUCGUACGUCGGGGAGAAAGAACCAAGCGGUCACGGCGAAAGCGUUCAGCUCGCCCAAAACCGACACGGACACCAAGAGAGACGUUCCGGAAGAGCGCUCGGAGAAACCUGGCAGCGUAAACCGAGGCUGCAGCGUCUGUAAUAAACACGUCCACCUCGUCCAGAGACACCUGGUGGACGGGAAGCUCUACCACAGAAACUGCUUCAAAUGCAGCGAGUGCUUCAAUAUUCUGCUCUCGGGAACGUACAAACCUGGAAAAGAGCCCAACACUUUUAUCUGCAAGUCGCACCAAAAUACACAGAAGGCUCCGCCCGCUCAGGUCACACCACCUGCACGCUACAACCAAACUACACCAACCAUCACCAAGUCACCACCCACCCCAAAGGACAGCGCUCUCAAGAGUCUGGGAAAAGACUCCACCCAGCCUAAGCUCGGCUCGCUUUGGCCACUGAGUAAGAACGAAACCUCAGAGGUCCCUACGCCCGCCCCUACGCCCGCCCGUACGCCCACCCCUACGGCCACCCCUACGGCCACCCGUACUCCUGCCCCUACACCCACCCAUACGCCCACCCCUACACCCACCCAUACGCCCACCCCUACGCCCACCCGUACUCCUGCCCCUACACCCACCCAUACGCCCACCCGUACUCCUGCCCCUACACCUACCCCUACACCUGCCCCUCGCUAUAAACCCCCAGCUUCUAAUUUAGUGACCGUGACGGUGAAAAGUCCCGCCGAACAGAAAGUUCUCGCAGAGGUUCCUAAAGGCCCGAGCAGCUCAGUCCAGAGGAACCUGGAGGCCAGACAGAGAUUCUUCGAGUCCAGUUAUAGCCCCGUGAGCUCGGGAUCGGCCUCGACAGACAGUACAGCGACCCCGGCUAAUGAAAAGCCAGUAGCAGGAGGUGCGGGAGCUGCCGGAGGUGCAGGUAAAGGCAAGCUGCUGCAACGAGCCGACAGCUGGACGAAAGGAAAGGAGAACGAUGGCGAUAAGGGGAAAGCGAAGUCCAUCAUUAGCAAGUUUGUGACUGACGAGACCAGCAAAAACAGCAGCACACCUUCACCACAUGCCGGACUGAGAACUAAUGCUAAGAGUAACAUUUCUCCCGUACCCGCUGCCAGCAAAGGGCCGACCACCAGAGUGCGGCUGAAGCCACCGAAGAUAGAUGUAGAACUCGGUACAAACCCCAGUUCAGAUAAAACCUCCAGCUGUCUGAGUUCCAGAGAUAAAUCCCCACCGAGAGCAGCUAACACACAGCCUUCUGACCACAAGGGAACCGAGAAGGUGCCUUCAGACUGGAGGUCUAUGCUCAAACCCGUGGCCAAGAACACGAUCUCCAGAAACGCCCAAGACACCACACCGUCCAGCGAACCGAAGACGUCUAAUACGGUGCCUCGGCCCUGGGAAUCGCACACAAAGAGCCCUUCUACUGCGUCCGCUGCGUCGCUUUCUAUAACCGGCGACGGCGGCACAAAAUCGCCCUCGGCCGGCGUGCUGGAGAACAGGACGACGCUCGGCCGCGGCAGUGAGGAAAGCCAUGAAGACGGUAACGUCGAAAGCAGCUCGUCACGUGCUGAAAAUUCCUCUUCAGCGGCGGAGACGCGGAAACCGUCGAAGCCGGGUUACAUCCCCCGACAAGAGAUCCUGAGGGAGCUGAAGGACAUCGAGACGAAGCUGGAUGAGCUGGAGAAGGACGGGGUGGAGUUGGAGAAACAGCUGCGACGGUGUGAGGAGGAGAACCAGGAGGACGUGCUAACGAAUGACUUGAUGGUGGACUGGUUUAAUCUCAUCCGACGCAAACAGGUUUACAUCCGGCGGGAGUCCGAGCUGGUCUACAUUGGAAGAUCUCAGGACCUGGAGGAGGAGCAGACUAAUGUCGAGGCGGAGCUUCGGCACCUGAUGGAAAAACAAGAACACUUGAAGACUUCACAAGAUAAAAAGCAAGAAGAGGAGCUGGUGGCCAAACUGGUGGAAAUCGUCAAUGACAGAAAUGCUAUUGUGGACGGGCUCGACGAGGACAGACUGAGAGAGGAAGAGGAGGACGAGCAGUUAAAUAAGAUGAUCCAAAACCUCGACAUCAAGAAAGAAAAGAAGAAGCGAUCGUCCAUGUCCAGGUUGUUCAGGAGGAAGAGUAAAGGCGAGGCCGCGGAGAACUGAUCACGCCGCUGCGUGCGUGUGCAGAAGGAAGGAAAGCCAUCGUGGACAGGUUUCACGUUGAUUUUUAUCUUCAGGUCUUCAGAUACGUUCAGAAGUCUUUCUUUUCCCCCCCUUUGGUUAAUAGGAUCAUGUAUUACUAGCUCCUGACAACUAAUCUCAUCUUUUAAACACUAUACCACAGAGUAACCGGAAUCUGUGUAUUAUUAUUGUUAUUAUUAUUAGUAGUAGUAGUAGUAUUAAAUUACCUGAUUGUAUGUUGAGGUGUACAGCUGGCAAAAAUGAAGAAAAAUGCGAAAUGUGCUUCCAUAAGGAUCAUAUUAAUAUUACAAGCUGAGAAAGCAGAAUAUAUAUAUAUAUAAUAUAUCAAACGAGCUGUGAUUUGAUGUUUAUCGAGCUGUAAGUACGUGUAAGCAGACUGCCGAGCUAUAAAGCGAUGUACUUCUACCGUACUGCGUUUACUCGAGAACGCGGUGAGUAGAUAAACACUGAUUCAUAUUGAAUCACAUCUGCUGUCCAUCUAAAACUCGAGUCUGUUCUUUUUAAUGUCCAUUAUUUUUUUUUUUUACGGAUCGUUUUAGUCGGCUCAGUUAAACAGCCCUGGAAUAAAUGCGGUGUAGUUCUACAGUGUGACCUGCAGGGGGCGCUCAGUAUCUUACCCUGAGGAACACAGUUUCGUGGUCGUUUUUUUGUGAUUUCUUGUACCGAUUUCCUGGAAGCGUGUGGAAUGUACACGGAGUACGAACAGACCGAACAAUUAAAUCAUCCGUAUAUAUGUUCGGAAACGCCGCCUUCUGGAUCAGCGCCUGCGAGAGAAGGGUUUGUUUUUUUUAAAUGAAAAGGUUGUAAACUAAAUGUAAAAUAUACUGACCUGUAAAAAGAAACGAAUAAAAGGGUUUUUUCACACAA